UGCCUUUUCUCUCUUAUUUGUCGAGCGUGCAAGUGAUAGGAGACAGAAAUUGGCUUUAUCCUGAGGGAAGGAGGAGAGAAGGUAAUUGCCUGGAUCCUGGCAGGCAGGUCUGUGUGAGGAUAAGCACUGCCUGAGGAUCUCUGCCUUGCGGGUAGCGGAGGGCUGAGAUGCCAGGGACAUAGAUAGCCUGCUUUCUCCACAAACUUGCACUGUUUCUGGUCCUUAUUAGAACAAAAAAAUGGAUUCCAGGGUAGAUCCUAGACUAGGAGAGGGGGGAUUCUUUGGGAUGCCAGGACCUUGAAUUGGGCAGGGCCGGUAUUAAGACUGAUGCGUAUGUGCCCAUUUAUCAAGCCAGAAUAUUGAGGCAGUGUUAGUCUGCUGUUCCCCUGUCAUUCAUUAGAGUGCUGUACCUUUCUCAGAAAAGGAAUAAUCUACACUGAAUUCCUGAAGGAAGAGCGUGUGUGGCGUCACCUUUGGAAGAAGUGACUGACUGGGGAGUGUGUGCCUGCUAGAGCUAGGAAGGCGGAGUUGAAAUAGAGGAUCAUUGAAAGAGAAGGAAGGAGACCUAGGAAGAAGAGUAGGAUGGAGAUAAUGAAUUUUAAAGCAACAGCUUUGUGAAGCAAAGAAGGUCUACAGGAGCCUAGAAAGAGGAGGAAGGAACUGCCUGGAUCUCUCAGCGUGUAGGAGGGCACAAUUGUGUCAGGACGUCUGGAAGGGUAGAGGUCUUGGGGAACUUAUAAGUCUCACUGUAACUGUGGCAGCAGCACCUGCCUCUUGCAGCAGAAGACUGCCCUCACCUGGAAGUUUCUCUGGACCUGAGCCAGCCCAGGUUAAGGGAUUCACCCCAACUCUACCAUGGGCCGCACUCGGGAAGCUGGCUGUGUGGCAGCCGGCAUGGUCAUCGGGGCUGGAGCUUGUUAUUGUGUGUACAGACUGACCUGGGGGAAAGAUGAUAAUGAAAAAAUGUGGGAUGAUGAAGAAGAUGAAGAGGAAGAAGAGGAAGAGGAGGAGGAAGAGUCUUAUAGUGACACUUCAGAAAUUGGGGGUGAGACUGAGAGAGGGGCUACAACUAAUAUUGGGGUGAGAACCGGAGGCAAAUCUCAAGGUGACUUAAAGGCCAAAGCUGAGGUGAGCUUGAGACUUGAAAGUGGUCCAAGUGUAAAGAAGGAAGCCUGCCCAGAACCCCAGAGUGGAGGUGGUUUAGAGGCUAAAGCUAAGGCCCUUUUCAGCAUCCUGAAGGAACAGGCAAGUGCAAAGGCAGGCAGAGGGAUCAGGGUUGGUAACAUCUCUGGGAACAGGACACUGGCACCAAGUUUGCCCUGCCCAGGAGGCAGGGGUGGAGGAUGCCACCCCACGAGGAGUGGAUCUAGGGCUGUGAGCAGGACAAGUGGGAAAUCCAAGGGAAAGAACCGAAAUAAGAACACCAAGGCUCCAGCUACAACAUGGCCAGUACGCAGGGGCAAAUUCAACUUUCCCUAUAAAAUUGAUGAUAUUCUGAGUGCUCCUGACCUUCAAAAGGUCCUUAACAUCCUGGAGAGAACAAAUGAUCCUUUUAUUCAAGAAGUAGCAUUAGUCACACUGGGUAAUAAUGCAGCAUAUUCAUUUAACCAAAAUGCCAUACGUGAAUUGGGUGGUGUCCCAAUUAUUGCAAAGCUGAUAAAAACGAGAGACCCCAUUAUUAGGGAAAAGACUUACAAUGCACUCAAUAACUUGAGUGUUAAUGCUGAAAAUCAGGGCAAGAUUAAGACAUAUAUCAGCCAAGUGUGUGAUGAUACUAUGGUCUGUCGCUUGGAUUCAGCUGUGCAGAUGGCUGGACUAAGAUUGUUAACCAACAUGACGGUGACUAAUCAUUACCAGCAUUUGCUUUCCUAUUCUUUUCCAGACUUUUUUGCUUUGUUAUUCCUAGGAAAUCACUUCACCAAGAUACAGAUCAUGAAACUAAUUAUAAACUUUACUGAAAAUCCAGCCAUGACAAGAGAGCUGGUCAGUUGUAAAGUACCAUCAGAAUUGAUUUCCCUGUUUAAUAAAGAAUGGGAUAGAGAGAUUCUUCUUAAUAUUCUCACCCUUUUUGAAAAUAUAAAUGACAACAUAAAAAGUGAAGGGCUGGCAUCUUCCAGGAAAGAAUUCAGCAGAAGUUCAUUAUUUUUCUUAUUCAAAGAAUCUGGUGUAUGUGUUAAGAAAAUCAGAGCAUUGGCCAACCACAAUGAUCUGGUUGUGAAAGUCAAAGUCCUCAAAGUCUUAACCAAAUUGUAAUUGGUGAUUUUGUCUAAACAACACUGAAGUCAUGUUUCGUAGAUGCACGUGGGAACAAUGUGUUUUGUAAAUUGUUUUGUUUUCACUGUGCUUAUAUGGCAAAGAAAUCUAUUCAGCUGCUAUUUAGGCAUAAUGAAUACCACCAAUUAUCAGCAUCGAUCAAUGUUGGGUUAACUGGGCCAUUUUUAAAGAUGCCAAAUACAUAUUAGAGCUUCUACAAAGAAAGCAUUUAUUGAUUUGAUUUGCUACCUAGAUUGAAAUAUUUUUAUUCUUUAUCUAAGAGAGUGAAGUAAUUAUACAUCAUGAAUAAGCUAUACUUUUGUAUUGAGUUUUGAUUUACAUUUAUUAAUCUAAGACUUGUGUUUUACCAAUAAAGUUGUGUUUAAGAAGCAAAAAA